AAUAUUGCGAUGAGCCUGAAGUAAAAUUACUAUGUGAAUUUGAUAUUGACUUAUCUGAUACUCAUUUAGAUCAAGAUAAAUUGCUGUCUGUUAAUUUAUGUUUUGGAAAAAUGGAAAUAAUUGCAACUGUAAAGAAUGAGACUAAUGGAAAUAUUUGUCGUUAUACAUCUAAAUUAGAGUUUUAA